AUGGACCAGAGAACAAAGGUAGCGUUAGCUUUAGCGAUACAAUUAUUUGAAGGGGACAGCUUUGAUAAUGAUUUACUUACCAUAGCAUGUAGUAAGUCGAGGACAGUGUGUAAUAUUGCUAUGCUAUUCCAAAAAGAGGAUAUACAGCAGCAUUUUAGGUUAGGAUAUUUGUGCGGCGAAGAAUGGGUCCGGUAUUAUUUGGACUUUGAUUUUCAACGGCUAUUUCGGAUGCGUAAGGACAUUUUCAAAGAACUUGUCAAAGUUAUUGCCCCAAGUUAUGUGCCCAAAAUGCAACGUGGUGAUACCCCUGCUAUUACAGUUGACAAGGCAACACUUAUGACUCUAUGGUACCUGGCCAGUCAGACACCAAUGGAGAGUUUGGGUGAUCGAUUUGGUGUAGCUCCUUCUACAGUAUAUCAUGAACUUAAUUGUAUUGUUGAUAUCCUUUGUAGAUUAAGCCCUAAAUUUAUAGUGUGGCUUAAAGAAUAUGAGUGUGCAGUUGUAAGGCAACAAUUUCAUGACAGAGCAGGAUAUCCAGGUGUGAUCGGUGCCAUUGACGGUUGUCACAUUGAUAUACUUGCUCCAGCUGAUGAUCAGGAUUCGUACACGGACAGGAAGAUGAAUCAUUCUAUAAUCUUACAAGGUGGUUCUUUGUGGUGGACAAAAAUCUUUUAUCUGCAGGUAGUGAAAUUGAAGAAAUAUUUAAAAAGUAAUUUUUGUAUGCAGGAAGGACCCGAGAGCUUAUUUUACAAUCCCUACAAUCAUCUUGUUGGUGAUAAGGCCUAUCCUAACAGAACUUGGGUCAUGGUACCUUAUAAAGACUAUGGAAAUCUCACUCUGACUCAAAGGCGUCAUAACUUUAUCCAUAGUUCAACAAGAACUGUCAUAGAACACGCAUUUGGACUUUUAAAGGGACGAUGGCGAUGCCUGCUGAAAUUGAGACUCAAACGUAUUAACAGAGCUACAAACUUUAUUUUAGCAUGCUGUGUACUUCAUAAUUUCUGUUAUCUACAUAAUGAUGAUGUUAUUCAAGACAUGGUAAAUGAUGAUAGACAGAUGCGACAGCAAAAUUUAAGGGGAUAUCAUGAUGCAGCAAAUGCAGACAUUGCUAUACAGAAGAGGGACCGCAUUGCCACCUUGUUAUAA